GGCAUACCCUGCUGGUCUAGACUCUGGAGAAGUCUGUCGUUGUGUUGUUGACGCACUUUCUUCAGGUGUUGCUUUCUUCUGUCCAUUGAUGCACACACAUCACCGUUUUGCAGCCUACCAUCUUUUCUCCCAGCUUUCGAGGCGAAGUUGGACAAGAAAGACAAAGACAUGUUGCUGCUGUUUCUGAGUUCUGCUGUCUUCUUCAUGCCCAGUUCAUGGGGCCAGAGCAGCAGCAGUCUAGGUGUGGUGGUGGAGGCACGCAACAUCACCCUCCCAGCUGGGACCCUGGCGAUACUGCCCUGCAACAGCCCCCGCAUGGUGUGGACCCGGGACCGCCUGAAGGACCGCCAGAGGGUGGUCCACUGGGACCUGGUCCGGAGCAUACCAGAGUACUCUGUGGAGAGGAUACUGGACAUGUCCCCCGGGGUCAAAGAGAGAGUCUACAAUGGGUUCAACAAGGGCCGCAUAACCAUCCCCAAAACCGCCUUCACUGACGGGAACUUCUCCCUCGUCAUCAACAAUGUGGGAGCAGCUGACCGAGGUGUUUAUAGUUGUAACCUGCACCACCACUACUGCCAGCUGCACCAAUCCAUCAAGAUACAACUCAACACCACCAAGUCAGCCCGUAAGGAGAAGCGGUACUGGGACGGGGACAAGACAGUGUUUGUGGUGUUGCUGGGGAGCUCGGUGGUGUUGCCGUGUGUGAACCGGCGGCCCCUGUGGACUGAGGGCCAGCAGGAGGACCAGCAGCAGGUAGCCCACUGGGACUGGCAGCCCCCUGGGGUGAGACCUGAUUUGGCUGACCGCCUGGUGGACCUGUACGCUUCCGGAGAGCGCAGACAGUAUGGACCGCUCUUCCCUGUGGAUAAGAUGAGUGUUUCUGAGGAUGCCUUCUCUGUAGGGGACUUCUCUCUGACCAUCUCUAACCUGCAGCCCAUCGACAAGGGCCUGUACUCCUGUCACCUGCACCACCACUACUGUGGCCUGCACGAGAGACGCAUCUUCAGACUCAUGGUGGGGCCUCCACUCCCCCCACCUCUGGUCCUCACUGCAGCUCCUGCUGUCCCCGCUGUCCCCCACGCACUCCCCAAUGACGACCCAAGCCACAACGUGGUUGAACUUGAGAGGCCACGAGUCGUCAACGUCAUCCUCCCUGAGCACCGAGGGCACUUCUUCCAGCAGCUGGGUUACAUCCUGGCUACCUUCUUCCUCCUAGCCUUCAUCAUCACAAUAGUCACUGUGCUUACCCGACGACGCAGAAAGAGAGGUAGCGUGUGGCUGGAGUAUGACCUGCAAAGAUCUAAAUGGAGGGGUCAUGUGACUGGCCAUGGGGACAUUGCAUUGGACGCCACAGAGCUGAAGGUCUGCAACCAGGAACACCUGAAUUCAAAUUACAAAAACAACUUACUGAAAGAGAGAGAUAUGUCCAAAGACCGCAAUAAAGAAAUGGAUGGAAAGUUGUGGAAGUGAGACAGAAAUAGCUGAUAUGCUGCUGGCUGGUCCAGGGCAGACGUACAGGAUAAGGAAGUAAAGGAUUAUAAUGGUGGAAUUCAAAGCGGAGGGGGGGGGGGACGCUUUCUCUUUUUAUAGACACCCCCUUACCAAACUCUCUUACCAAAACAUUUCUAUUGCUGCCCCAGUCAACGUUUGUUUUAUAUUUUCAUACUGGUAAAGUCUGUAUUCUGAUCUGCUGUGAUUUUAACAUGGCUAGAUAUGUCUUCGAUUUUGUAUUACACAGAUAUUUGAUGUCAAGUAUUUUAUAGAACAAUAACACCGUGUACUGUACAACCUUCCUUUUUGUAUGUAACAAAACACUUUCUGUCACUGUAUUCCUUUAAUUCACCCUUCAAACUUUUCAUUUUCAGAAUGCAUGGUGUCUUUUUAAUGUGUGUGGGAGAACUGUCGUGUUCCAUGUGUGAUUUCGUAGCUCAUAACGCGUUAAGUUUAUUAAAAAGAUUUCCACAAA